AUGGCAGGAGCAGUGAAGAUUGUUGCAGGGGCUGCUGUAGGAGAACUGUUUAGUGAGCUGUAUAAAGUUGUUGAGGAAUGGUUCUACAAUGGCAAGACGAUGAUGUUUAAAUCCCUCCUCAAAUAUCUCAACUCCAAGCUGGACUUUAUGAAACCAUUGAUCGAAAACAUUCAGAUGAAAAGCACGUUGUUGGAUUGUCCAAAUGAGAAACUACAAAGUAUUGAAGAACAAAUGAGGAAGGGAAUAAAGGUUGUUUGCAAGUGCUCCGAGGUCUCUAUGCGGAACACCUACAAAAAGUAUAAGUAUGUCAAUCAACUUCUUCAUUUGGAAGAAUGUCUAAACGAACUGUUAACCAUAUUGAAGGUGAGGACAGAAAGGGAUUGGAAGGAGACCUUGAAUGCGGGCAAGUAUAUUUCAGAGAGAAUUGAGAAUUUGCAAAUCAAAGAGAAUGAUGUGUUGCCAAAUCAUUCGGAAAUUGAAGUUUCAGGGUCAAGUCUGGUAUCUAUCACCUCUGAAGGAGUGUUCUCAACAGAAUGGCACAACGUACAACUACCAAAAGCCGAGGUUAUGAUUUUGAAUUUCCAGAUGAAGAACUAUGCCUUACCUGAAUUUGUGGAGAAAAUGGACAAAUUAAAGACUCUAAUCGUCUCAAAUUAUAAUUACUUACCGGCUGAGUUAAGUAAUUUUAAACUACUGGCUUCGUUAUCAAAUCCGAAGAGAAUCAGAUUAGAAGGAAUUUCAAUGUCUUCCAUAACCAAGAACCCUAUAAAAUUGAAGAGUCUCCAGAAGCUAUCUUUACACAUGUGUAACAUUGGUCAAGCUUUCAGCAAUGGUACGAUCCAAGUUUCAGAUGUAUUUCCAAACCUAGUGAAAAUGAACAUUGACAAUUGCAAUGAUUUGGAGGAUUUGCCUACCAAGAUCUGUGAUACUAUUCACCUAAAGAAGCUCAGUGUCACCAACUGCCAAAAGCUAUCUGCUUUGCCUAAAGACAUUGGAAAGCUGCUCAAUUUGGAAGUGUUGAGGCUAAGUUCGUGUACAAAGUUGUUAGAGUUUUCGAGCUCAAUUAGGAACCUCAAAAAUUUAGAAUUACUUGACAUAUCUAAUUGCUGCAUCAUUAUGGAGUUGCCUAAAGACAUUGGUGAGCUGUCCAAUUUAAGAAAACUCAAUAUGAGACAGUGCCUAGGAUUGCAGAGGAUGCCUCCAUCAAUUUUGGAUAUUGACCAGUUAAACUCUGUGAUAUGUGAUGAAGUGACCAAAAGGCUAUGGGAACCCUUAAAUUCCCUGAAAAACAAAUGCAUCACGGUGGUCAAAGGAGAUAUGGACUCGAGCAGUUCGCUCACCACCCUAAGUUCGAAUAAUCAUGUGGCCACAAGGUAUGGAGGCUUUGAUGUUUAUAUGUUUGUGCCGAAAUAA